CAUCCAACCAGACACUGACGCCAAAAGAUAUUAUUUGAUGAAUCUAGCUGUCGAAGUCACUGCUCAUUCAUUUAUACAUUUAUACCUACUGAACGGCAAUUAAGCUAUAACAUUAAUUCUCUCAAUCUAUAGCAAAAUUACUGAGGUGCUAAGGUGGACUAAGGAUUUGAGCAAUCUCUAAAAGCGUUUCAAUAGAUCGAGUGGGUUUCAAGAGUUGGUAUGGUAACGCCACAUUUACAUAUACAGCUGUUGAUUGCGCUGUCAUGCGCAGUCAUAGUCCAUGGAGUUGAACCAGCCCUUUUGAGAUGCGAUAGAAAAAGGGAUGCAUUAUUCAAGAGAGUUGAAAAAGAUCGAAAGUUAAGUGGUCACGUGAUAGAAUCCCAUGACGUAGCUAGUCCCCUGGAUUGCGCGGGAAAAUGUUUAGAGACUAGUGGAUGUAAGUCGUACAAUUACCAAGAAACUGGUUCUCCUCAUCACGUGUGCCAACUGAAYAACCAAUCAAAAUCAAGUGCGUCUUCAUCUGAUUACGUCAUCCAAGAAGGAUUCUCGUAUUAUGAUGCUGAACAACACGUUUUAGAGGCUUUUCCUGCCUGUUUGUCGUCUCCUUGUCGAAAUGGUGGAACGUGUAGACUUGCUGGGUGUAACGAUGAUUUCACAUGUGACUGUACAGAGGAUUUCUCUGGUGAAUACUGUAAAAAAUGGAUUGGUUCAGAUGGUUCAACCAGCGCACGACCUGGACAUUCUUGCUUCUACAUCAAUAAGUAUGGAAAAGCCAAAGGGGAUGGAGAUUACUGGAUUGACCCGACAAGAUCUGGAAAACCAUUCCUGGUAUCUUGUGAUAUGACAACAGAUGGAGGGGGUUGGACUAUUGUACACAACUGUACAUUGAAAACAUCAAGUCCAUCAGGGGUCAAAGAGGAAGUGCCAGACUACAGAUUAAUGAAAGACUUAACUUUAUAUAAAACAAUAAAUACCAACAUACUUCAAAGUCUGCGCAGUGACAUGGGAUUUAAUCAGAUGCGAAUCUUUUGCCACAAGAAGGCUGUGAAUAGGACAGUUCAUUUGAUGACCAGAAGGAAUGAACUUGGUCACGACGUCAUCAGAUACUUUACGACGCGGAACGCAGACACUCCCGCCACUGCUURCAAUUCGUACAUCACAAUGCCUGAUGAUACAUCUAUCCUUUCUAAGGAUUGCAAUAAGUUGGGCUACACAACAAGCAAAGGAAGCUAUCUUAAUCAAUGGGGAAAAAUGGAUUCACACAAAGGCAAACAUCGUCUUUAUAACAGAAUUCUAAACCACUCCCCUAGUGGCCGCACUGUUAGUUUUUAUGGUCAGUYAGCUUUCUGUGACGAUCAUGACAAUAACAACUUAAUGCCAGGGGAUAGUUGGGUGUGGUAUGUAAGAUGAACAGGGCGUUAACUAGUAUGACACCGCAGUACAUUUGAAAACAUUAACUUUAGCCGCUAAUGUUUGGUAGUGAGAAAACUAAAACCAAAAGUCAGUAUCAAAACAAUUUGUUUUGCUUACAAAAUGAAUAUCAAUUUUUAAGCAAAGUUGGUCAGAUUUGGGUGAAUGCACUUAAUUUAACUAGCCUCUUUGUACUCAGUAUUUUAUUUUGUGCAAUUUAGUUAAUGGUGUACAAGCAGAGAAAGCGACGAUUCAAAGGACGUAUCGCUUCAGUUGCAGUAGUUUGGAUUUAGUGCAAAUUUCGCAACGCUCCCUUCCUUAACGUAAAAUUGUAAAAGUCUCACGGAAAUACCGGACAAAUACAAUUGUUACUGAUUUUUAAUAACUAUUCAGCUCUUUACCAUAAAUAGAAAUAAAAAUAAAAAGUAG